AUGUCGUCUGCCGUUAUCAAAUUUGUGACAAAUAGGCUCUUGAAAGAUAACCAGUGGAAUAGAUUGGGGAUGGAAGAUCCAUAUUACGAGCAUGUAUUAGUGGCUCAAGGGGACCAUCCCAAAUACAGAAAGGUUCAAAGAAGAAUUCCAGAUGGUUUAUGCUCGAAGGAUUUAGACGUCUUAUCUAAAUUUCGAAAAAGAGCGUAUAGGUACGACAUGUGGUUCAGUUUUGCCGGUGUAAAAUUUGGCUGGGCCAAUAUAAUUGGCCUCGUUCCUAUUCUCGGGCAGUUGGUGAAUAUUUAUUGGUCCAUAACGUUGUUGCAAUUAGCAAGGACUCUCGACGAGGGUUUACCUCUCGACAUACAACUUAUUUUCAUAAUUAACGUUUUGAUUGACUUCUUACUAGGUUUAAUCCCAAUUGUUGGGGACUUAAUUGUUCUUGGAUACAAAGCGAACCUGAGGAAUUACUUAGUCUUGGAAAAGCAUUUGGAAAGGGUUGGCCAGAAAAAUCUAGGUCUCAUUGAAGCAGAUGAAGUCAGACCAGGCUUCAUCAAUGAAAAGGUGCAACCUUUGAUGGAGAAGAAAGUGUUACCAGCUGCAGCAAAGACUGGUGAAAGUAUCAAGGAAUUCAUUGCGAACCACGCACAUUCUAGUGCGACUAAGUCACAAGGAUCUGGCUCAGAUAGUGAAAAGGACACGAGCUUCGCUUCAUCAGCAAGCACUGGAGCGACCUCAUUUACGACGUCAUCGUCGCUCAUGGACGGCUCCAAACCUACACCAUUACAGAGAUAA